AAGUCCCGCCCCUCUGUGAAAACUCAGUGGUGGCCCGGAAGGAUUAAAAAGGAACCAGUGAUUUCGCCGUGUGAAUUGCUUUUUGCGACUGGGAAGGUUUUUGCUUUUAGAGCUCGAGCCGGCGGGGCGACCUUGCAGUGCCAGGACUCGGCACCGCGCCGUCCUCCGCCGGUUGGUGGCCUGCGUGACCCUUUCCUCCCGUCGACGUCGAAAGGAAGCCGGACGUGAGCGGGCAGAGAGCUUCAUCCCAUUAGGAAUGGCAGCCCCAUCUAUGAAGGAAAGGCAGGUCUGUUGGGGAGCCCGGGAUGAGUACUGGAAGUGUUUAGAUGAGAACACAGACGAUGCUUCUCAAUGCAAGAAGUUAAGAAGCUCUUUCGAAUCGAGUUGUCCCCAACAGUGGAUUAAAUAUUUUGAUAAAAGAAGAGAUUACUUAAAAUUCAAAGAAAAAUUUGAAGCGGGGGAAUUCCAGCCUUCAAAAACAACUGCAAAAUCCUAGGCUGUUCAUAAAGAUUGAAAGUAUUCUUUCUGGACAUUACAAAAAGCUCUACUGGCUAUGGGACAGUAGUAGCUUGAAUCAUAGUGAACAUCACCAUUUAUUCCCUGUAUAUGACUCUUGAUAAUUAAGAUGAUCAAGAACCAGAAUAUCUGUAAAAAAUUGAAAUAAAAUGGUAUUUAUAAUUUAGUAAGGAAUCUGUUUUACAAAUUAAAACCUGUUAUAAACACA